GAGCUAAUGAACCAGGGCAUCCUGGCCCUGGUGUCGUCCACCGGCUGUGCGUCAGCCAAUGCCCUGCAGUCUCUGACCGACGCCAUGCACAUCCCGCACCUGUUCAUCCAGCGGAACGGAGACGGCACCCCGCGCACGGCCUGCCAGCUCAACCCCAGCCCCGACGGCGAGAGGUACACGCUGGCCGCCCGGCCGCCCGUGCGCCUCAACGACGUCAUGCUCGCCCUCGUCUCCGAGCUCCACUGGCACAAGUUCAUCGUCUUCUACGACAGCGAAUACGACAUCCGUGGGCUGCAGACGUUUCUGGACCAGGCGUCUCGGCAGGGCCUGGAUGUGUCCCUGCAGAUGGUGGACCGUAACGUGAGCAAGGUCUUCUCCACGCUCUUCAGCACCAUGCGCAUGGAGGAGCUGAACCGCUACAGGGACACACUGCGCCGGGCCAUCCUGCUGCUCAGCCCCCAGGCCGCGCAGAGCUUCAUCACCCAGGCGGUUGAAACCAAUUUGGCUUCUAAAGACAGUCACUGGGUGUACGCCAAUGAGGAGGUGAGCGAUGCGGAGAUGAUGGAGCUGGUCCACAGCGCCCUGGGCAGGAUGACCAUCAUCCGGCAGGUCUUCCCCCUCUUGCGGGACACCAACAUCCGCUGCAUGCGCAACAACCACCGCAUCUCCUCCCUGCCCUGCGACCCGCAGGAGGGCUACCUGCAGUCCUUGGAGGUGUCCAACCUGUACCUGUAUGACAGCGUGCUGAUGUUGGCGAACGCCUUCUACCGUAAACUGGAGGAUCGUAAGUGGCAUAGCAUGGCCAGCCUGAACUGCAUGAGGAAAUCCACCAAGCCUUGGAAUGGCGGCUGGUCCAUGCUUGACACCAUUCAGAAGGGACGCAUCACUGGCCUCACAGGAACAAUGGAUUUCCGCAGUAACGGUGCCAACUCUCACGUGCAGUUUGAGAUUUUGGGAACGAGCUACAGCGAGACCUUUGGGAAAGACGUCAAACGGUUGGCCACGUGGGACUCAAGUCGGGGUCUGAAUGGAAGCCUGAAGGAGAACCGGGUGGAGAGUAGCAUGCAUGGCGUCACGCUAAAAGUGGUGACUCUCCUGGAGGAACCAUUUGUGAUGGUGGCAGAAAAUAUUUUAGGACAAACCAAACGUUACAAAGGCUUUUCCAUCGAUGUGCUAGAUGCACUUUCCAGGAUUUUAGGUUUCAAGUAUGAUAUCUAUCAGGUAGAAGAUGGCAAAUAUGGCUCCCUGCUCCCCAACGGUUCCUGGAAUGGCAUGAUUGGAGAACUCAUUGGAAAGAAGGCAGACGUGGCCAUCUCAGCCAUUACGAUCACGCCGGAGCGAGAGGGCGUGAUUGAUUUCAGCAAGCGCUACCUGGACUACUCGGUUGGCAUCCUAAUGAGGAAGUCUCAGGAGAACAUCAACAUCUUCUCGCUGCUGGCGCCCUUCGACCUGGCCGUGUGGGCCUGCAUCGCGGCGGCCAUCCCCGUGGUGGGGGUCAUGAUCUUCCUGCUGCGCCGCAUCCAGUCCGUCCGCGCCCAGACCCUCCCCGGCCCCCACCCGCCCCCGUCGGUCACCACCUCACUUCAGAGCGCCGUCUGGAUCGUCUACGGAGCCUUCAUGCAGCAAGGUGGGGACUCCAUUAUGGGUUCGGUGGCCCUGAGGAUUGUUAUGGGCAGCUGGUGGCUCUUCACGCUCAUCGUCUGCUCGUCUUACACCGCCAACCUGGCCGCCUACCUCACCGUCUCACGCAUGGACAACGCCGUGAGAACUUUCCAGGACCUGUCCAAGCAGAUGGACGUGUCGUACGGCACAGUGAGGGACUCGGCGGUGUUCGAGCACUUCCGGGUCAAGGGCACCAACCCACUAGAGCAGGACAGCACCUUCUCUGAACUCUGGAGGACCAUCAACAAGAACCAAGGGCAGGACAACUCAGUGGGCGACCCAGCCGAGGGUAUCCUACGGGCCAAGACCCAGCCCUACGCCUUCCUGUGGGAUAUGGCCGUGGUGGAGUACGCCGCCCUCACAGACGGCGACUGCAGCUUCACCGUGAGGGGGAACAGCAUCUCCAGCAAAGGCUAUGGCCUGGCUCUGCAGCACGGCAGUCCAUACAGAGACCUCUUCUCUCAGAAGAUCCUGGAGCUGCAGGAGAAAGGCGAGCUGGACAUCCUCAAGCAGAAGUGGUGGCCCCGCAAGGGCCGCUGUGACCUGGACAGCCAGUCGGACGCGCAGCCCGAGGGCCGCGCCCUGCGGCUGCACAGCUUCGCCGGCGUCUUCUGCAUCCUGGCGGCGGGGCUGCUGCUGGCCUGCCUGGUGGCCGCCCUGGAGACCUGGUGGAACAGCCAGCGGUGCCGGCGGGCUCAGCCCAAAGAGGACAAAGAGAUGAACCUGGAACAGGUGCACCAGCGUUUAAGCAGCCUCAUGGACGAGGACCUGGCUCACAAGCAGCUCCCGGGCCAGUCUAUGGAGAUCUCUGCCCUGGACAUCGGCAGCGUGCCGCCCAGUCAGAGCCCCCUGGAGGCUGUGCGGGACUACCCGGGACGAGGGAGGCUGUCUGUGAGCACCUUCCUGCACGAGGGACCUGGGGCCGGCCGAGCGCCUGGCCGGACGGUCCCCCUCCCCCUCAGCAGCUCCACUCUCCCCCCGUCCAUCCGCUGCAAGCACCGGGCGCCCAACGGCGGCCUGUUCCGCCAGAGCCCCGUAAAGACCCCCAUGCCUCUACCCUACCAGUCAGUGCCCGGAGGACCCAUCCCAGAAGCCAGUGACCCCAGCCAUGGCACCUCCAUCUGAGCCGCGGACGGCCACCAAAAUGGACAAUCUCAGAAACUCUGGACUUUGGCCUUUGGCCUUUCAGAGGCUGUGGAAAAAAAAAAGAAACAAACAAGCUUUGGUUGAGGUGAAGAUGGCCGGAGGUUUUCUCAAAAAAAAAAAAAAGAUCAAAAGACAAAAGACAGACGUUAAAGACAUAAACAGAAGAUGAUAUCAGAUUUUCUUUUUUAAAUCACUGUUUCAAAUAUAGAGCUGAGGGAAGAGA